AUGAGUGGGAAGGGGGUUGCUGCACAAAAGAAGCGGAGGUACCGGUCUGCUGCUAGCCAAAGGCAAGCUCGCACUCGCAGGGUCAACUGGCUGCAAUGGCGAUCUCAACAGCACAUGGCUCUUCCGAGUGACAGGCUUUGGCUGUUGUUCCGUUUUGCACACUUGGUGACACAUGCCACGGGAAGCUUCGGGACAUUCUUGUCCGCCACUUGUUCAAAGCGAGUCUCUUUGCAGGGUCGGCAGCGUGACAUUUUCCCGUUGUCUCAGCUGGAAGCCUCGGAGUGCAAGCCUUCAGAUUGGAGCCUACAGCGAUGGGGCCUGAUGUCACAAUUCAUCAAUGCCAUCAUCGGGGCUUUGAACUGGUGUUACGGCAUAAAAGCAGGCAGCUCUGGACCCGCUCGUAGGACAGCUGCACAGGCUGAUGUUGUGCACCGCAUCGUUAGCAAGGCGCUCGAUUUCGAAGAACGAUUGCAAAGCCUGGCUGCAGGUUCGUGGGAGUCCUUCCUACCUGACUGGGUGCCACUGGACGUUGUAAGACCUGGUGGCGCGAAGAUCGGAAACUUGUGUGCUGACAGAGUUGACGUGCUUCAGGCUGCUGGCUUGUGCGACCCGACGUCGUGCCUCCCUGCCAGUGUUCAAGAAGUCAUUCAUAGCGAGGACACCAUGUUCCGAGGUGCUCCAGAUGGUUUGGCUGCUUAUGAACAAGUGCUGGUCGAAGAACGGCCUGAAUAUGUCAGAUUGGUUGCGCGGCAGCUUCGUGCACAGCAGCUUGGCCUUGUCAACACGGUCAAAGCAGGCGGAGGAGUCUUCGCCGUGGGCAAACCUGGUGGCCGUCGCCAGCGUGCCGUCUGGCACGGUCGACGGGUGUCUGCUGCUGCGCAACCGCCGCCUAAACCGCGUCACCUGGCGUCGCCCACUGCGCUGGCCCUCUUGGAGUGCCCACAGCAUGGUCACAUUCGCUGCAGCAAGCGGGAUGCCAGCUGUUGGUUCGACCAGCUCUCUUUGCCUUCGGAGUUGCAGCGGUGGAUGGGGCGCCCACCGGUCACCGUGGAGGAGCUCCGCGUCAUAGGGGGCCUGAGUCUUGACGAGCUUGAGCAUUUUUUACUCCCAGGCGAGUCACUUGAUGCUUCGCAGCUGUUCCCGGUAAGCUUGACAUGGCCAAUGGGCUUUUCCUGGAGUUCGUAUGUGGCACAAGAAGUGUUGCUGGACAUUUGCAAAAGCAGUGGUCUGGACGAGAGUCAAGUUCUGUCUUGUGACACUGCCACGCCGUUGUCUUUCGAACAGGUUUUUGCUGCUGCUACCGACGACCUCAUGGUCUUCAGUGAUGCCGGGCCUGGUCAUACUUUGAAGACUGUGCGCCUCGUGGACGACGAGUUCAAGCGUCGGCGUGCUCUGCGCAACACCUCCAAAGACGUGGACGACCAGCUGUCUGCGACCUGUGUGGGUGUGCAGCUGGAGGAUGGUGUGCACUUGGCCGUGCCGCCUUCCAGAUGCUUGGCGAUGCUUUUCUCUUUGUUGUUUUUGUUACAGCGACAGGAAGCUUCGCCGAAACAGGUUCACCAGCUCCUUGGGGUGCAGCAAUGGUAUGACCUCUUGUGCCGUUGCAAGCUGGCCGUUUACGACAAGGUCUACGAGUUUGUGCGGGACCCAUUUGACACUGCUGUUAAGGCAGUGCCUGCCAUUGUUUUGUUUGAGCUGGCUUUGGGUCUGCUGCUGGGGGUCUUCUGGAGAGUGGACUUACGCAGGCCAUUCGCGCCGCUGGUAUCGGCCACUGACGCCAGCACUGAUUAUGGCUUCGGGGCCAGUGUUGCUGAGGUUCCGAUCAGCAUGGUCCGAAGGCUGGCGCGUGUUUCGGAAAAGCAAGGCUCCUACGUCAUCCUGGAUGGCGGUUUCGCGGAAGACGUUGGAACACACAGACAUGGUCACCCACACCACCUUGAGCUUAGCAUGGAUGACUUCGUCCAUGUUUUUAGCAUCCGACGGCGACACCCUGCACACAUAAAUGUGCUGGAGGGCGAAGCUUUUGUGUUGUGGCUCAGAUGGUUCCUUCGAUCACGUCGUCGGCAUCGCACUCGUGCUGUCGUGCUGGUGGAUAGUGCAGUUUGGCUUGGUGCUGCCGCGAAAGGGAGAUCAUCUACACAGCUGAAUCGUCUUCUUCGCAAAGCUGCCGCGCUCGAACUUGCAGGUGAGUUACAGGUGCACCUUGUUUUGGUUCCUUCUGCCGAGAAUCCAUCUGACAGCCCAUCGCGAGGAGUUCGGUGUACCAAAGCAAAAAGAGUGCCUACGUGUGUGACGCCGUGCCCGUCGCGGCAGUGA